GGCUUCCCCAGACAGAUCCUCUGCCUGCACACGCUGCUCAGCUGAAUGGUACCAACACCGCCUUUGGCUUCUCACGUCUUCACAUUUCACACUGCACUGAGCUCCUUCCUGCUUCUCUUGCUCCUCUCUCUUUCCUUCCUUCCACUUUCCUCUCCCCGUUCUCUCUCCUUUUUCUCCCACCUUUCUAAUCCUCCCGAGCCCCUCCUUCAGUCCUUUCUUCUAUCCCCCCCAUCCUAACUGUCCACCCCACAGCAGUCUGUGCAAAUACCAAUACUGAAGCACAAGGUUUCCACGCCUGCAGAGGGAGAACGACUGAACCAUUUCUCAGAGCACAAAGCAGCACCAGAACCCCCAGCACACCAGAGGAGAAGGAUCCCAACAAGGAUUUCAUGAUGCGCUUCCAGGGCCUGGCAAACUGUUGGAUCGGGCUUCACAGGGAAGAAGAGGACGCCCAGUGGACAUGGAGCGAUGGCACAGCCUUCACCAACUGGUUUGAGCUGCGAGGUGGAGGCCGAUGUGCGUACCUGAACGGGGACAGGAUCAGCUCAUCCCUGUGCCACCUACACAAGCACUGGGUCUGCAGCAGAGCUGACCACUACGUCCUCUGGAAGCAAAAGGUGCACCCACAAUGAGAGAUCCCAUCACCACCAACCUUGUGCCAGUGCUGCUGUUGUAUUACAGUGUAUUAUCUUGCAGCCCGAUGUCCUUUCUAGUCAAUUACUUUGUUUCUGUUCA